AUGGCUGGCGGAACUAAGUCAGACCAUAAAUUGGUCAUCGAGAAUGUCCAUGCGAUUGCGGGAGGCGUCGCAACUGCAGGAUGGCUUGAGCUGCGAGAAUACCACAUCAUCUUCGUGGCGCCUCCGCUCCCUCCAAAGAAGACACAGGAGACAGACGAGUCUAAAGCAGCCGUGCAACCCAAGAGGCAACCGAACAGGCAAUCCUGGAUACCCUAUCCAAUACUCUCUUUCUGCACCUUCCGCCCAACCCCUGCCUCAAGCGGCAUCCCCUCCUCGAUUCGACUACGCUGCCGGGAUUUCAACUUCGUGACGUUCAAUUUCGAAGACGACAAGUCUGCGCGCGAUGCCUUCGACUUCAUACGGACUCACACCUGCAGAGUUGGUCGCAUCGAGAAGCUGUAUGCGUUCGCAUACCAGCGCCUGAAGCAAGAGCAGGAGAUUGGCGGGUGGCAUCUCUAUGAUCCCAGGGCUGAGUUCCGUAGACAAGGCAUAAGCGAGAAGUCUGCCGACCGGGGCUGGCGCAUCUCAACUCUCAACAAGGACUAUACCUUCUCGCCGACGUAUCCGGCCGUGCUCGCUGUCCCUUCCAACAUAUCAGACAACACCAUCAAGUAUGCCGGGAACCACCGGACGAGAUGUCGGAUACCUACUCUCACCUACCUGCACCCCAUCAACAACUGCUCCAUCACCCGAAGCUCGCAGCCUUUUGUCGGCUUGAAGAACAAUCGAAGUAUUCAAGAUGAGCGACUGGUCGCCGCAUGUUUCUCAGCGUCCGGUCCCCAGCAAGAUACUGCCACUGCAACGGAGCCGAGUCCACCCCCGAGCCAGCCGGAUAGCUCAUUAGAGGGAGUGGAUGGAGACAUUUCAGACACUGAGAGGCUCGAGGACGAAUUCAUUGCCAGCGGCAAUGCGUUCUAUGACGAGAAGGGGAAGCGCCUCAUAUACGGCGCCCAACAGCAUAAUCUGAUCGUGGAUGCCCGGCCCGCUAUCAACUCGUAUGCAAUGCAAGUGGUCGGUAGGGGAUCGGAGAACAUGGACUACUACAAGUUCGCGAAGAAAGCUUUCCUAAGUAUCGACAACAUUCACGUUAUGAGGGACUCCUUGGCCAAGGUUGUCGAGGCUAUCAAGGAUGCAGAUGUGUCUCCAUUCCCGCCAAACAGGGAGCUUCUUGCCAAGAGCGGCUGGCUAAAGCACAUAAGCGGUAUACUUGACGGCUCAGCCCUGAUUGCGCGACAGGUUGGCAUUCAGCAUUCACAUGUCCUGAUUCAUUGCUCGGAUGGUUGGGAUCGGACAAGCCAGCUGAGCGCACUAUCUCAGCUGAUGCUUGACCCCUACUACCGUACCAUAGAUGGUUUCGUUGUUCUAGUCGAAAAGGAUUGGCUUUCGUUUGGACACAUGUUCCAGCAACGCUCUGGAUUCCUAGGACAUGAGAAGUGGUUCGCCCUUCAGAAUGAUGCCAUGGCUGGCGCCAGGAUAGAACCUGGCGAGAACGACGGUCGAGGAGACGCCAUUGAAAACGCCAUGGCCAACGCAAGGCGCUUCUUCCGGCAGGGUUUGAGCGCGGAUAAAGACCGCGAGGAUUCGGAUUUGGAGAACCUUGCUGCAACAGACGAGGCCACCACCAAGCCGGUCCCGAUCUCUGAAGAUCAAGCCACGCGCCCGAAGGAGAUCAGUCCGGUUUUCCACCAGUUCCUAGACGCUGUCUACCAGAUGCUGCGACAACAUCCUACUCGGUUCGAAUUCAACGAGCGUUUCCUCCGACGACUGCUAUACCACACUUACUCCUGCCAGUAUGGCACCUUCUUGUACAACAACGAGAAACAGAGAAUAGAUGCCAAAGUCCAGGAAAGGACUGCGUCUGUAUGGGAUUAUUUCCUCUCUCGCCGCGCUGAGUUCACAAAUCCUCGAUAUGAUCCCGUAGUCGACGACCAUACCAAAGGCCAGGAACGGCUAGUCUUCCCAAAGCUGAGUGAUGUUCGCUGGUGGCAUCAAUUGUUCAAUAGGACCGACGACGAGAUGAACGGGGCUCUCAAUGCCGCGGCUACCGCUGCAGAGAGAGUCGCUUUGUAUCAGUCUGCUGCAGCCAGCCCUCAGCCAGGGGCAAGCUCCGUGAAUAGCGAUGCUGGAACACCCGUUCCGUCCUCAAGCCCUCAGCCACCAGGUCUGACCAACAGUCGAUCUGUUCUCACACAGAUAGAAGCUGCACACUCGACUUUGACUCCCGAGGAAACGUUGCCAGCCUUACAAAGGAGUGCCUCAGCAGGCGAUGCCGGCAAUGCCGGCAAUGCCGGUGCCUUCUCUUCUAUUAAGGAGGGCAUCGCAGGUCUCAGCAUUGGGAAAUUGGGCGGCCUUGGGAGGGGUAACAAUAACGGUGCUGCUCCUGCCGCUGCCGAUGAUGGCGGCGACCAAGAAAUGAAGGAGAUGCUGUAG